CACUCUAGCGGCGUCCUCACAGGGUAGAGAACGAAAAGCACAAUAAUACGCUGCUCCAAAACCUCUCAAAACAGUUAUUUUGACAGAUUGAAGUGUCUGUUCUCAUUAAAGGAGUUGAAAAUUUAGAAUCUCAAAAAUGGCAGCGGAGGAAAACUAUGAACAGUUUGAAGAUGAAGAAGCAGAAAUUCCAAUCGGCGGGACUCUGCCAGGUGGCAGAAAGCGGCUCUUCUCAAAGGAGCUUCGAUGUAUGAUGUAUGGCUUUGGAGAUGACCAAAAUCCAUACACGGAGAGCGUUGACUUCCUUGAAGAUUUAGUCAUUGAAUUCAUCACUGAAAUGACUCAUAGAGCCAUGGAAAUCGGCCGCACCGGAAGGGUACAAGUAGAGGACAUUGUUUUUCUUGUAAGGAAAGACUCGAGAAAGUACGCAAGAGUAAAGGACUUACUUACGAUGAACGAAGAACUCAAAAAGGCGAGGAAAGCUUUUGAUGAAGUGAAAUACGCAGGUACUGUCAAUCAAUAGGACAAAAUGAUUGAUAUUAUCAAGUAAAAACUAUCGUUGGUAGAGGUGUGUGAAAUAUUCAUGAUUUUUGGUUCUACAAAAAGUUUGAUUCCUCUUACGAAAACUGGAUAACUUACUUUCAGUUUUCUCUCAUUUCUCUCACAUGAUUUCUCGAUAGCUGAAUGAAAUAUAUCUGUAAUCUCUGCAUAGUGAAAUCCGAUCAUGGCUGUCUUGGAUUAAUCUUACUAGCCUAGUUUAACGCGUAGAGUUACAACUUUUAUUUGAUGAUUUGAAAUUUAUAUUGAACGGACAAUGGUUGUUAUUGGGAAUGGGUUGUGUAAUCAUAAGUUCUGCAUCCGUACUGUUUUGUUGCUAAAUACGAGUGACUCUGAUAUCACCGCAUUCCUGAGUGUAUAUUAGUAACAGUGUCUCAGGUAUGCGCAAGUCUAUUGUAUCGAAUUGAUUUAUCGGAACGUAAUAAUGCAAGAUAAUUGAAAAUUGGAUACCGUCGAAAUGUAUUUUUGUAUAGCAUGUACUUAGUGUCUUGCAUUUUUAAUCGUUAUGAUACACUUUACAUAAUUAUCGGAUAGAUGGUCAAAUGUUGACUUGUGUUCCUUCAGUUGAAAAAUAUAAUAAUAAAGCAAGUCAUUGCAUUCUUUCUGC